AGAACCCUAGCAGCAGCUGCAGCCGCAGCCUCACACUCCCCGCGAUGGAGAGGGGAGUUAAGCGCCCCGCCCUCUUCGAGCCCACCUCCACCACCACCUCCGCUCCCUCCUCCUCCUCCUCCGUACGCCCUCCUCCCUCUCCCCUCUCUCUCCAAUGUGCCUGAACCCUAAUCCAUCAUCUUUCAACUCCUGGUGCUGCGAAUCCGUGGAUCGCAAUCAGUUCCCACGAACACCGUUCAAGUGUUUCCUUUUCAAAGAUAUCCCAUUUAGAUGUCUCUUUAAUUUGCUGCGAACUCUUGUUUGCCAAGAUUCUGAAGCUGCUACUUUGGGCGGGGCCUUCCCAUCAGCCUCUGAUGGCAGGACCCGCGUUGGACGUCCCGCGGGCGGAGUCGGCUCGUCAUCAUGUGAGGGCUCUCAAUACCCAAUUCGCGAGGUCGUUUCCGUCGAUCUCUGGGUACAAUCGCAAUUGCAAAACCACCCAGAUGAGCUUUGGGAAGAUGGCGUCAAAGACUACUUAUCUCAUGCUUCGCAUAUCAUGGAGAAAUUCAAGGAUGUUGUUGAUUGGCUUAGGCAAAAUGCUGCAAAAUCAGGAAUUCCAUCAGUAUCAGGUUCACAUAGGGACCAGAAUAAUGUGGUAACUCCAUCGGAGAGUAAUAGAGUUACAUUUCGCCCAGACGUGAACAAUGGGCUGCCAAAACUAACUACACCACCUAGCUUUUCAGCUUCGCAGAACACAGAUUCACAGAAGCUGGUUCUGUUUUCUUCCAGUCAAACACCGGCUUCCAUUGGUUCAGCAAGUGAUCAGAAUAAAUUCCCAAAACUAACCACACCAGCUAGCUUUUCAGCUUUGCAGAAAACAGAUUUACAGAAGUCGGUUCUGUUUUCUACCAGUCAAACACUGGCUUCUGCUGGUUCACUAAGUGAUCAGAAGGUUGAGGACAAGAAACCUCCUUUACGGCUCGACGUAAAUAAUGGCUUUGCAAGACAGGCUAUACCUACUAUUUUUUCCUUUUCAAGUAUGCAGAGCUCGAGUUCACAAAGCUCAGUUCAAUUUUCAGAUAGUCAAGCACCACUUUUUCCUGGAAGUCAAAAUUCUACUGCUUUCUCAAAUGCUGAAGCUUCAGUGGAUGCAGAUGAAGAAACUGACAUGGAGCAGCCAAGCAGUCCUUCUGUAAAGAAAACUGAAGAGAAAGGGGUAUAUGUUGUUCAUGAGGCCAAAUGCAAGGUGUAUGUAAAGCCAGAUAAUCCAACUGAGAAGGGUUGGAAAGAUAUGGGCCUGGGUCACCUCUCCAUCAAAUGUAAAGAGGAUGUUAAGAAAGCAACUAGAGAGUCCAAGCCAACCAUUCUUAUCAGAAAUGAUGUUGGAAAAGCACUGCUUAAUGCUUUAUUAUAUCCUGGCAUAAAGAUGAAUAUACAGAAGAACACCAUUGCCUCAAUAUUUCAUACUUCGGGUGGUGGUCAACCGAGUGAAGGUGAACCUGGCAAUGCUACUGUUGUGGCUCGCACAUACUUACUGCGGUUAAAGAAUGAAGAAGAGACUACAAAGCUUGCGGCAGCAAUUAAAGAUAAUGCUCCAUCUGAUUAACGCACUUAGUUGAGGGGUUUUGCCAGAAAGGCUAUGAUUUUGGCCAAAAAAAAAGUUUAAUUCGUAAUCGAUGAUAAGUCUUGUAUUACAAUCCCCACACUAAAUGGCAGUCUGUUCUCGAGAAAUUUUGCUGGAAAAAAGACCAAAUUAUAGCACACUGAAAGAAUUUUUACAUUGUUUGUUGGUAAGGCCAUGCGUAAGAGGAAAUGGUUAAAUUCGAGCGGUUCUUGCAAUAAAAUAAGUUAAUGUCUUUCUCUUGCAGUUUUCA